UGAAUUGAUCAUUUAUACUUUUGUGUUCUUCCAUCGCUUUAAGCCAAUUUCAACCGUAAACUUGCGAUGGAGCUCCGGGUGGCGAGUAAAGAUGCUUGUCUCUCACUUCCACUCUCUCACAGAUCGCCUCUCCGCUUCCAGUUGCCUUCCCCACCGCCGCAUUCACUUCAUCUGUCUCCCUCAUGGCGGCCUUCGAUCAAACGGACCAUUUCUCUCUCCCGCAAUCCGCACCAGAAGCGGGUCUCACAAAUCAUGGCGAUGUCAGCUAGAAACAACGACGAAUUUAUUGCUGAAUCUCCAGCAAAGGCGCUCCGGAGGAUUCUGGAGAUGCCUGGCGUUCACCAAGGCCCCGCUUGUUUCGAUGCUCUCAGUGCUAAGCUAGUCGAGAGAGCUGGUUUUCUUUACUGCUUUACCAGUGGUUUUUCUAUAUCGGCUGCUAGAUUGGCGUUGCCAGACACAGGUUUCAUAUCAUAUGGUGAAAUGUUGGAUCAAGGGCAACUAAUCGCUCAAUCGGUGUCCAUUCCUGUCAUUGGGGAUGGUGAUAAUGGAUAUGGAAAUGCAAUGAAUGUGAAGAGGACUGUUAAAGGAUAUAUUAGAGCAGGCUUUGCGGGGAUCAUACUAGAAGAUCAGGUAUCUCCAAAAGCUUGUGGCCAUACGCAAGGUAGGAAAGUGGUAUCUAGAGAGGAGGCUGUGUUGCGGAUAAAAGCAGCCGUUGAUGCUAGAAAAGAAAGUGGUUCUGACAUUGUCAUUGUAGCACGAACUGAUUCUCGUCAAGCAGUGUCUCUUAGUGAAUCACUGUGGAGAGCUAGGGCCUUUGCAGAUGCUGGAGCUGAUGUUCUUUUCAUUGAUGCACUAGCUUCAAAAGACGAGAUGGAGGCCUUUUGUAAAAUCUCACCCAAAAUACCUAAAAUGGCCAAUAUGCUUGAAGGAGGAGGAAAGACGCCCAUUUUUAAUCCUCUAGAACUGGAGGAAAUUGGAUAUAAACUUGUUGCUUAUCCUCUUUCCUUGGUUGGCGUAUCAAUUCGGGCAAUGCAGGAUGCACUGCUUGCAAUUAAAGGAGGCCGAUUGCCUUCUCCUGGAACCUUGCCAACUUUUGGAGAGAUGAAGGAAAUAUUGGGUUUCAACUCUUACUAUGAAGAAGAGAGGAAAUAUGCUUCUGCUGUUAGCCAGCCUUCAAUAAAAGUGGAGAGUAACAUAAGCAGUCUUCAACGGAGGGUCGAAGAUGAUUCAGAGAAGAAAGACCAAAAUCCUCAAGGUCCAGUUGUCGAAGUGAUUACUCCUGAGAUAUACAGAAGCUACGAUGCAGAUGAAUCAAAAGGUCCCUUCUCUGGUAUCUGGUCCCGGAGAUUGAGAGUCAAAAUAACUGGAAUAGAUGGAUUUGAGAGACUUGAUGUCAGGAUUCCUGCGGGAUUCUUGGAAGGACUAACAAAUAUAGUUCCAGCUUUGGGAGGUGUGAAUAUCAAAGAACUGAUGGACGAUGCAGCUGGUGAAGUGGGAGGGAAACUUUUACUGGAUUUUGUUGAUGGCAUGGGUGACCGAAUUGAAGUCUUUCUGGAGUAACUUCAUUUUGUUCGUUGCGACUGUCAUAAAAAUCCCGGAGCGAAUGAAGCAGCUCCGGUGAUUGGAUGUGGCUUGAACUAUCGAAGCACAACUGCGUGCCCAACUGCAUCAAGGUAGCUGGAUUAUGGCUAUCUAUUUAUAUGCAAGCAAAUUUCACAUCUUAAUAUAGAUGUUUGGAUUAUGAUUUUUUAGUGUAUACUUUGUUGGUUUAGAUCUUGUGAAAUAUGUUUCCCUAGAAGGCUACAGCCCUAUGUUUCA